AUGGACUUUGACCAAAUUCCCGACUUUGACAGUCUGCCCACCGUAGAUGGCAUGCCUCAAGGAUGUGCCUGGGGCGUGUUCGACCGAAAUGGCAAGAAAGAUUUGCUAGGGACCUUGAACUUACUCACGCAACCCGUAGUUGCGACAGCCUGUGCUGAGGCAAGAGAUGGAGUUUCCAUCUCAUUGAAUUGGCCUCUUAAUGCCAUGAGACUGCCGACACCUGGUCGCAUACGUCCAGCCCAUAAAAUCAUCAACUUCAAAGAGGAAGGCUCUGUGGAUGGCUCUGGUUGGGAUGAUGAACUGCAUUUCAACACUCAGGCAAGCAGCCAAUGGGACAGUCUCGUGCAUUGGCAGCAUCAGGAGACCGAACUAGCCUACAAUGGAAUCGAAGUAACUCGUGAGGGCUUAUCGGCUUCUUCAACAACUGACAAUACAAUGCCAACGCUAGAUCACUGGCAUGGGGUUGGCGGCCUAGCAGCACGAGGAGUGCUCAUCGACUUCAAGGCUUGGUACGAAGGAGAAGCUGCCGCUGAUGGUAAGACUGGGCUUGACGCCGUCUUUCACCCCCUGAAUGGCCAUCGAAUCACCGUUCAAGAGAUUGAAACAGUGGCCAAAUACCAAGGUGUUGAGUUUCGCAGAGGAGAUGUCCUGAUCAUUCGUACUGGUGCCACUGAAAUCCUGGAGUCAAUGCAACCAGCAGACUUCGCUAAACUCCAAAAUUUUGGCAUGGCCGGAAUGCAUGGCGUUAUGGAAUCUGUGAAAUGGCUGUGGAACCAGCAUUUUGCUGCUGUUGCCGGAGAUGCGAUCGCUUUUGAAGCGUUGUGGCCCCUGAAAGAAGACGGGUCUGCCGGAGCCGCAAAGGACCUUGUUCUUCAUCCGUGGCUUUUGUCGAUGUUCGGCAUGAGUAUUGGCGAGUUGUGGGAUUUAAGAGCGCUUUCCGAGCAUUGCAAGAAGUCCAAACGCUACAGCUUUCUCCUAACAUCGGCACCACUGAAUAUUCCAGGUCUGGUUGGGUCACCUCCUAAUGCUUUGGCCAUCUUUUAA